AUGAUUGGAAGGUACACAACAUGGGUGUUUAAAAGCUUUUUGGAAGUUUAUAGAAAGGGGGGGGAAAAUCCCUUCCUCUUGAAACCCCGGGAAACAAAAUUUUUGGGUGUUGAUGUUUCCAUUUGGCUUCACCAAGCUGUGAAAGGUUUCCGAGGACCAGGAGGAGCUAAUGUUGCAAAUGCACAUUUCUGACAAUGUUUCAUCGAAUUUUGUAAUACUUUCUAUCGCAUAAAAACCUGUGUUUGUCUUUUAUGGGGUGUUCCUUAUCUAAAGAAGCAGACCCUAGCAUCUCGGAAACUAAGACGAGAUGUUGCUGCUAGUAAAGCUAAACAAGUGCGAGAACGUCUUCUUAAGAAUCUUCUAAAAAGUCAAGCUGUCCGUAAAGCUUUAGGAAGGGCAGGUCCUGGUCCAAAUAUUGCCCAUGUAGUAAGAGCUCAAAAGAAAGAAAAGGAUAUGUUUGAACUCCCACCCCUUUCCAAUUCUGAAAAUGGUUUAACUUCUUUAAAAUCUGAAGAUUCUGAAGAUGAAGGUGAAUACAUUUUAAGAAAUUUUAAAUUGCCAAAUCUCCAUCAGUUUAAUUUUGAAAGCAAUGAAUUUAAAUCUCUGAGCAUAGAAGCACAACAUGAAAUCUUAAGUGAACUGCAAGAUACACGUAAACAGAAUUCCUGGAGUUGCAUCAACGAAAUGCCUCAGGAAUCUGAGAACUUUGCAGAAUUUCAAAUGGGUAGACUCAUAAAGAGACGUACUUUUCAAGCUACCUUAGACUCCACACGGGAAGAGAUCAGAAAAAGAAAAGCUGCUGAAAUGGAAGCAGAGAUGUUUGGCGAGUUGGAGAAACAUGUUAGUCUUUCACAGCGAAUCAUAUCUGAAGACGAUGCUCAUUCUGUAUUUGUGAAAAAGAUAAAGGCUAAUGAAGAACUAAAUGAUAAUAACUUCUUAAAGGAAGACAAGGGUAAGUCGCCCAUGAAAAGACCAAAAAAGGCAUUUGAAAAAGAUUUUUUGACAGAGUUAGCCAAACAAGGAGUUGUCAGAUCCUAUCAUUCUGAUUCAGAUAAUGAUGAUGAUGAUAUAUGCUAUGAGUUGGAAAAUUCAGACAAAGACGUCUUUAGUGGCAAUGAAAAUGAAGGUAAAAGACUAGUUGAUAUUGAAGAAGAAGGCUUUCUACAUAUUGUAAGCACACUGAUGGAAAACAGUGGCUUGACACAGCAGGAGAUCCUUGCCAUGAUAAAACAGGACAGCAGUAACCAAAGUCAACUGGAACACAAACCUAGAAAUGAAGAUGUGCCAUCAACUUCGGAUAAAGCUCCAGGGUUCGUUUUUAAUCCUGAUGCUGAGUCUUCUGAUGAUGAUGGGGACUUCAUAGAGGUUUCAGAAGCUUCAUCCCAACAUUCUCCAAAAAGUUCAAGUAAAGAUGGUGCUGGUGCAGAAAACACAGACAAAAAUAAUUUAGAUAAAUUAUUAUCAACGAAGACUGACAGCUUAUGGAUGAAGAUUAUUCACCAAAAACUGGACGAUUUGGUACAUACAAAUGCCUUUAAUACUUCACCCAAAAAGGCCAGUUUAGACAGUCGAAAACUUGUUUGUAAAGAGGUUAAGAAAGAUGUUAAUAAUGGUCAUGACAUUGAAAAUUUAAAAGCUGUUAAAAUUUCUUUGGAUUUUGAUGUAAAACCUUUGAAAAUGGAAGAUGAUAUUUUUGCUGACAUUUUUACUGACAUCAAUAAACCAAUAUCCAGACCUGUUCUGAAUCCUCAGAAAAAUUAUCCUGCAAGUAAAAUUAAAAUAACAAAGCAGGCUGUUAAAAACUUUUCAAAAAGGCAAAAUGAAGACAGAGCAACAAAUGGAACAAUUGGUAAAUUUACUGAGAAUGGAAAAACAAAUAAGGAGUUAUCAUUUUCCCAACACGGGAUUGAUUCUGUAGUGGAAGACAGUGUGUCAGGUACCUGUAAUAAGAUUUCUACCUUGGGAAAACUUUGUACAGAUUACCCCAAUAUUAUAAGUACAGAUGCAGAGAUAUCCAGUGUGACCCCUGAAGAUCAAAGAACCGAUGAGUCAUUUCAAACCAAGAUCAAUGAACUUGUAAACUUGAAAGUUGAGGAAUUGGUGAAAAAUGCUUCUCAACAAAAUAAAGUAGUAUUUUGUAAAUCUUCUAAUUCUGGAGAACAAGAUCUAAAUGAUGUAGAACUUAUGAGUUCUAGUGAUGAUAGUGAUUCUGAUGAAAGUCACAUAACCAAAAGUCAACUUGAGCCAUCAAAGAACCCAGGAUUAAAUGUUCAUGAUGAUACACUAACAACAGACAGCAGAGUAUUGCUGCCUUCAGAUAUUGAUGUGAAUGACACUGAUCUUGUAGUUUUAAAGGAAAGUCACAAAAAUGAUCUGGCUACUAAAACUAAUUGUGAUGUGAAGCAAAAGAGCAGUCAUGUUCAACAGGAAAUUGAAGCAUGUAUUGAACUUAUUGUAGAACAGCAGUCAAACCAGCCAGAUGCAAGUCACAUUAAUUCAUUGUCUGUAACAAAGUUAGAAAAUAAUAGAGAGGAUGUUUCUGAGAAAAAACAUUUCAAAGAUCAGUCUGAUUUUAAAAAUAGUGAGAAGGCUAAUACAGAUUAUGAAACAUAUGAGUCAUCUUUAGAUACAGUGGCAAAUGAUCCAGCAUUGGAAUCAUUAAAUGAAACAGUUGAAAGACCCCAGAAUUACUCCAAGGAUGAACUAAAAUGCUUGGAGAAAGAAUUGGCUUCAGAACAAGAAACACUUGUAGCACAGGCACAAAAAUCAGAUAGAAUUGCUUCAAAUUUGAAUGAUCAAAUGUAUGGGGAGUCACAGAAACUUUUACAGCUUUUUGGCAUUCCUUAUCUUGUAGCACCAAUGGAAGCAGAGGCACAGUGUGCUUUUCUUGAAUCUGUGAAUCUCUCUGCUGGGACUAUUACAGAUGACUCUGAUAUAUUUCUCUUUGGGGGCAGCAAGGUUUACAAAAACUUUUUUAAUCAAACCAAACAUGUAGAAUUUUUUAAUACAGGUAACAUUGAAGCUAACUUAGGAUUGGAUAGACACAAAAUGAUAUCUCUAGCUCUACUUACAGGGAGCGAUUAUACCGAGGGUGUAGAAUCUAUUGGAUCUGUGACAGCUAUGGAAGUUCUUGCUGAAUUUCCUGGUGAAAGUAUUGAAUGUCUUCGCAAUCUUAAGAAAUGGUGGAAUACUGCCCAUAAAAAUGUAACUUCUAUAUAUGCAUCUAAAGUGAAGCAAAGACUCUCUCAUGUAAUGCUUCCUGAAUCUUUUCCAAAUGAAAGAGUUUAUGAAGCUUAUUUAAAACCUGAUGUAGAUGAAUCAAGAGAAAAAUUUACUUGGGCUGUCCCUAAUGUUGAAGCCUUACGCACAUUUAUAAUGGAGAAAUUUGGUUGGAACCUUGCGAAGGUUGAUGAGAUCUUAAUACCAGUUAUGAAAAAGUUGGGAGUGAAAGCUUCUCAGAUGAGGAUUGAUUCAUACUUUACUAGUAUUAAGCUUGUAAAAGAACCUAAAAUAACCAGCAAGAGAGUUCAAGAUGCUAUUGCAAAGGCAAAAGGACAGACCUCACCAAAUUCAAGCUCACCAGCACUUAGGGAUAAGCUUAAGAAAUUCUCUACAAAAAGCAAAUCUGAGAAAAAGAGGAGAAAGGUAAUGGAUCCUGAUGGCAUAUUGGAUGAAAUUUCUGAAAAGGUGUCUGCUGGUAUGGACAGUUUACCAGGAACUAAUGAACCAUCUUCCUCAAAACCUUCAAGAACUUUGUUAAUGGACCCAUCAGAGAGUAGCAGCAAUGUAGUGGAACUGUCCAAGCGAAAGAGAAAGUAUGAAAAGAAGUCCAAGAAUUGUGAGGGGAGUGUGUCUGAGGAAACAUCAUCUCAGAAAUCAUCCACUGUAGAUGAUAUAGAGCUGCAGCCACCAAGAAAGCUAACUAAGGAGAUUAUGUAUAAAGCUCUUUUAGAAAAAGAAACCAUCAGUCAAAGAGAAUGUGAUAAAAAGAUGAUGGAAGAGAGGAAAGAGGCAGCAGCACAGUUAUUGAAGAAACAAAAUGAGUUGAGGAAGAGGCACAGAAGAUGAGCAAUCUACAUGUACAAAUACAGUGUACCUAUAAAUUACAGUGGUAUCUUGGUAUAUGUCCUUAAUCCGUUCCACGACCUUGGACUUAUACCAAACAGGAUGUAUACCAAACGAAUUUUCCCAUAAGAAAUAUAGGAAAAACGAUUAAUCAGUUACCAUGAAAAAAAUCCUAUUGUUAUGGGCAUAUUAUACAUUGAUGGGGUUGUAUAAAAUAAUUUAAACACUGCUUAGAUACAUACAUAAAUACAAAAGAAUUAGAUGAAAUGCAAAUUCAACCUCACUUUACUCUGCUGAAAAGAGUCAAGUGCUUACUGAGCUCCCUGAGAAGGGAGGAGGAGGAGGAAAUGUUAUUGUUUGGAAGGAGAGUCCCCUUCUCUUCUGUCUCUUUUCCCUAUUUGGACCUGGUUGAAGCUCACCAGGUUUGACUUUUGCUAAAAAUCUGUCCAAAGAACUUUGCUUCUGCCUUCUCAGGAUGUUUCGGAAAUGUGAAAGUGUCUGGUCAUUCCAGACAAUGCUAUUACGGCUUGUUUGGGCUUUGUUGGGGUGGUACUUCUCUGCUAAGGUUUUGAUGUCCAUCCAUUUGGCCAAGAUUUCCUUGAUUAAUGAAGUAGGGACUUCCUCUGUGUCCUCUUCUGAGCCUGAAGAGAGUUCAUCCAUCUUGGUCUUGUGCUCCUCCUCAAGUUCCUGUAGCUCCUCAGUGGUCAGUUCUUCCCUGUGCCCCUCCACUAACUCCUUCACUUCACUUUCACUCACAUCUAAGCCCAUGGACCUGCCAAGAGACGCAAUAUCCUCCAUUAUAGACACAGCCUCAAAGCAACGGGCAUACUAAUGCUAGUGGGCAUUCAUGGAUUUGUCUCGAGAGAGAGGUAAACAACGAUAGAGCAUGGUGUCGUGACUCAUUUUGACCCAUACAAGUUCUGGCACGUGAGUCGUAUUCCAAACAAAGGUCAUAUACCAAGCAAAAAUUUUCACGUCCGAACAGGAUGUAUACCAAGUUGGACUUAUUCCAAAGCAGACGUAUACUGAGGUACCACUGUACUUUAAUGUAUGUUUAAUAUAUGCUCUUCUACCAGUGGUAAAAUUGCUUAAGUAUACAGGUACUUCUCAACUUAUCAUGGUUUGACUUAAGAUAUUUCGACUUUAUGAUGGUGCAAAAGCAAUUAUUUUAGAGAUGAAAUUUUAGAUAAUUAUCCAACAUGAAGAUGGCAAGUUCAUAACUUGUAUUUAUUUACAGUGGACCCUCGACUAACGCUAUUAAUCCGUUCCUGAGAGCUCAUCGUUAGUCAAAAUUAUCGUUAAUCAAGUUAAUUUUCCCCAUAAGAAAUAAUGGAAAUCAAAUUAAUCCGUGCAGGACACCCCAAAGUAUAAAAAAAAAAUUGUUUUUACCACAUGAAAUAUUAAUUUUAAUACACACAAACUGAAGAAGACAUGCACAGUUACAUGACACUUACCUUUAUUGAAGAUCUGGUGAUGAUUGAUGGGUUGGGAGGAGGGGAGAGUGUUGAUGGUCUUAGUGUUUAGAAGGGUAAUCCCCUUCCAUUAGGACUUGAGAUAAUAUGAAAUGUUCCGAUUGUAUGUUUGGAUGGGACCAUGGUGGUUGGCUGGCUUGUAAACACUGGCACCCACGGGACAAGUGAGGCAGGCUCAGGCCAAAGUGGACGCGUCUCGAAAGGAACGAAUAGCGUUGGUCGGGUUUUUUAGCGCUAGUCGAGGCAAAAUUUUUGCGUUAAAAUGUAUCGCUAGUCGGAUUUAACGUCAGACGAUGCCAGCGUUGGUCGAGGGUCCACUGUAUUUACUUUCCAAUACUGGCAUGUGGUUACAGUAAUUAUUUUUUUAUUUACUUAUUCAGUGACGUUAGUUAUUUGUUUACUUAUUUAUUUUGCUUAUUGUAUUCGACUUACAGUGGAUUCGUCAGAAUGUAACCCCAUCAUAAGUCAAGGAGCACCUGUAUAAUUUAUGUAUGUACUACUGAGUGUAGAUGUACAUUGGAACCUUGGUACUUGAACAGCUCCCUACUCAAACAAUUUGGUAUUUGAAUGCUUUGUUCAGUAAAAAAAAAACGCUUGGUAGUCGACCGUUUGCUGAACACUCGACCAAACACACACAACCUGCCAAAACUUUGCUGUAAACUAUUUCAUGUUUCUUCACAUUUUUUGGUUUUUAUAUUUGUAUAAAUAAGUUACCAUGGGGCCUAUGAAGAAUAAUGAUAACAGCCAACCAAAAAGAAAAUUGGUUGGGAACAAUUUGUUAGGUACUUGAACAGCCUUCUGGAAUGAAUUAAGUUCGAGUACCGAGGUUCCACUAUAUUCAUUUCCUGGAUCGAAACUUACAAUUUAAGUAAAAUAAUGGAAAGAUGCAAAGUUAUAUAACAGAACAUUAGUGUACACACUAUUGCUUCAGUAUAAAUAAGUGUUAGUUUGUUGAGUAAUGUCUAUUUUUAAAUUCCUGUAUUGAUUUAAUAAAAAAAUUUAAAUUACAUGUUUGGUUCAAUAUUUUAUAACCAUAAUGAAACUCUCAGGGCCCCAUGAGAAAAACUUUUUGUUUGACAGUGGGAUUACUCCAGCAAAGCAUAUGCCAUGCUCUAGGUGCAUCAGAUACAACAUAAUAUAAAUUCCAACAUCAGUGCUCCCUUAUAACUAGUGUAAUCCUGCAAACUUUUUCCUACCUUCAUACUUCUUACUUUUUUGUAUUUGUUCUCUGUAUAAAAUGCCAUAAAGGCUCAGUUAUCUGUAGUAAUGAUGGCUUUAAAUAGUGUAGAUAUUGAUUUAAAUAAACAAUCUAUGAGUGUAUGCUUUAAUUGGAAAAUCACUAGAAAAAAAAAAGAACUGAGUACAGCUAAAGUUUUGUUCACUUGCCUUGGCUGAGCUGCACCCAUCGCCACAGUACAUAAUUACUUUUACAUUUGAAAAAUACCAUACUCAGGAUGUGAAUUAAAAAUUUGCAUUAUUUAAAAAGUAAAUACAGCAGGACCCCCAUAUCUGCAAGGGAUAAGUUCCAAGGACCUGCCUUGGGUACUGAAACUGUUGAUAGUAGCAAACCCUAUAUACAGUGGACCCCCGGUUAACGAUUUUAAUCCGUGCAAGAGGGCUCAUCGUUAUGCGAAAUAAUCGUUAUGCGAAUGAAUUUUCCCCAUAAGAAAUAAUGGAAAUAAAAUUAAUCCGUGCAAGACGCCCAAAAGUAUGAAAAAAAUUUUUUUUUACCACAUGAAAUGUUAAUUUUAAUACACACAAACUGAAAAAGGCAUGCACAAUUACA